AUGCUUUUCGCAAAGAUCUUUCUUCCACUUGCCCUGGCUGCCUUGGAAGCCAGCAGCGUCCAGGCUGCUGACGAUUUAGGCAGCCCACAAGGUGUCCAGGCUACCGGCAACUUGGGCAAGCCUCGCGGCCCAUCCCGCUCUUCUCGCCCUUAUAGGUCUGCUAGCUUCCCUGGGGCUGUUGGCUCUCAUGGGGCUGCUGGCUCUCAUGGGGCUGCUGGCUCUACCGUAUCCCCCACCCUCUACACUACAACCACCAUCCCCGAUGACACCAUUCGCAGCCGUUUUAGGCUCUUUGGCAGUCGCAAAGGUGGCGAGACCCCCGAGCAUCCAAGGUGUCAAAUCUCUCUGAAGACUACGGCAGACACAGUAGCUGGAACCCAGUCGCUCAUCGCGGGCCAACUGAACGUAUUCGCGUACACUUAUCCCGGGGAAAGAGAGCCGCGCAUAAUUUACGUUAAGCCAAGUAUCAAGACAUGCAAACCUAUUGAGGUGAAGGCAGAAGUAGGACAGCCCCUGCCCCGAAAUUGGGGUUGGAAAUGGGUGAGGGCUUAG